AAAAAUUGUACUACCUUAUUAUCUUGUAAAAGGCUAGAAAUCCCUUUUUCUCUCUCUCUUUCUUUUUCUCUCUCCCUUUUUUUUUUUAUAAUUUUUUAUUUUUUUUUGUUUGAAUGAAAAUAGAUAGAGCGUAAAAAAAAAAAGAUGACCAUCAGCAAUAUCCGUGACCAUCCUUAUCAUUUUGAACAAGCAUUACAAAAAGCGAGCGACUAUAAAAGUGUCUCUGUCCACCAAACAGCGGAUAACUUUACAUGGCUUGUCUUCAUUCAUGCAAAAUGGGUGCCAUUUGCCAGUCAUAACCAACAUAAAUUAGAACAAACGCUGGGAUUGGGUGGGACCUUUGUGGAUAUUCAGGAUUGCUUAUUCCCAUCCGUUAAGCGAGUACGUGUAUUUCCCAAGGCAAAUUAUCUUAGUUAUCUUGGUGUGAAAUAUAGAUUAUCCAGAGUCAUGCAACCCCAUUAUGAAAUUCAUCACCAGGAAUACCCACCACCGCCACCAGCUCCACCAGCUGAGCACGGAGACGAAGAUGAUCUGGAUCCCGCUGUGGCUCGUUUAUUACCACCCGGCUUUGUCUUGACUGACUAUCGACCUAUCUCUUCUCGAGUCUCCUAGAUGUACAUAUUUUUUAUUAUCAUUCCCUUCCACCCUAACCCCCAUUUCUCUCUCUCUCUCUCUCUAUAUAUAUAUCUAUUAUUUGUAUUACACACACACACACACACGUGAAUAAAAAAAAAAAUAAAAAAAAUAAAAAUAAUAUAUCCCUCUCUCUCUGUCUCUCUAUUUCUCUCUCUCUUUAAGCCACUUUCU